AUGGCGGAUGUAUUAGAUAUUGAUAAUGCAGAAGAGUUUGAAGUUGAUGACGAAGGAGAUCAGGGUAUCGCUAGAUUGAAGGAAAAAGCAAAGAAGAGGAAAGGUCGUGGUCAUGGAGCCGAGUUAGCUUCUACUCGUGAUGAAGUUGGUCAUUAUGAAUCUAUGAAUGUUGUGGAGGAUGACAAUGAACCUGGUCCUCAACGAUCUGUAGAAGGUUGGAUUUUAUUCAUAAAUUCAGUCCAUGAAGAGGCUCAGGAAGAUGACAUUCAAGAUAAAUUUUCGGAGUACGGUCAAAUAAAGAAUUUGCACUUGAAUCUCGACCGCAGAACUGGUUUCCUUAAAGGCUACGCUUUAGUCGAGUACGAGACGUUCAAGGAAGCCCAAGCUGCCAAAGAAGCGCUGAACGGCACUGAGAUUUUAGGACAAGCUAUUUCAGUUGACUGGUGCUUCGUUAAGGGUCCCAAGAAAGUCAAGAAGAGGAGUCACAGACGACGAUAA